CGGACGCGGACGCGAGCGAACCAGAGAGGCCACCUCCCCGGAGCACUCACUCCCCCUCACCCUCGUCGCCAUCGCCCCCCGCCUCCUCGGCGUCGUCUCCCCCUUCCCCCCUUCCCUCCCCGAUCGGAACCGCGGCCUCCGAUCGAUCGCCGGGAUGCGGUUCUAGCGCGGCUCGCCGGGUCCCAACGAUUUCCCGACCGAGCCCCUGAAUCCCCGCGCGCCACGCGGGGGCCGGGGUUGUGUGCGUGUGACACUCCCCCCGCGCGCGCGCCAUGGUUGUGUCCUCGCCGGUGGUGCUGUCGCUGCUGCUCCUCGCGUCGCUCACGGCGCUGCUGGUCGUGGCCCCGCGCCUGUCCCCGCCGCCGCAGCCGCCGGCGGCGGCGGAGGCGCCGCCGGCCGGCGCGGGGGUGGGGGCGGCUGGCGGCGCGGACGGGGCGGCGGGGGUCUGGGGCGUCGGCGCCGGGGAGGAGGCCGACGACCUGCGGCUGUUCCGGCGCGCGGCGCUGGAGGAGGCCACCGCGGCGGGGGAGGCGGAGGCGGCGGGCCCGCCCAAGGUGGCGUUCCUGUUCCUCACCAACUCCGACCUCACCUUCGCGCCGCUCUGGGAGCGCUUCUUCGCCGGGAACGAGGCGCGCCUCAGCGUCUACGUCCACGCCGACCCGGCCGCGCGCCUGCGCCUCCCCGCCACGCGCUCCUUCCGGGGCCGCUUCGUCGCCGCCAAGCCCACGCGCCGCGCCGAUGCCAGCCUCAUCGCCGCCGCGCGCCGCCUGCUCGCCGCCGCGCUACUCGACGACCCCGCCAACGCCUACUUCGCGCUGCUGUCGCAGCACUGCGUCCCGCUCCACUCCUUCCAGCGCCUCUACGCCGCGCUCUUCCCGCCUCUCAUCCGUCAGCAGCGGCGGCCCCCCAGCUACAUCGAAGUGCUCACGGGCGAGCCGCAGAUGCCGGCGCGCUACGCGGCGCGCGGCGAGGGCGCCAUGCUCCCCGAGGUCCCCUACGACCGGUUCCGCAUCGGCUCCCAGUUCUUCACGCUGGCACGCCGCCACGCCGUGCUCGUCGUCCGGGAGCGCCGCCUCUGGCGCAAGUUCCGGGUGCCCUGCCUCCCGGAGAUGGCCCAGGACUCGUGCUACCCGGAGGAGAACUACUUCCCGACGCUGCUCGACAUGGCCGACCCCGCCGGCGUCGCGCGGUACACGCUCACCCGCGUCAACUGGACCGGCAGCGUCGCGGGCCACCCGCGCACGUACACCGCGCCGGAGGUCACGCCGCGGCUCAUCGCCGAGCUCCGCGCAUCCAACAACACCCUCCCGCACAUGUUCGCGCGCAAGUUCGCGCCCGACUGCCUCGGCCCGCUCCUCGCCAUGGCGGACACCGUCAUCUUCAAGGACUGAUGGAGGAGCUGCUCUGCACGGUCGAGGGAUCAUGCCGGGCCCGUCGACAAAGAAAGCUGUGGCCUUCCUCUUUGGCCUUUUGCAGUUUGCAUCUUCAAAGUUCUUCAGAGUCAAGACUAUGAGAUUAUUCCCCACGUCUGUUGAGAAGAAAGAAAACUGUUCAGUUCCUCUCCUCCUCCUCCUCCUCCCUGUGCUACUGUAGUGCCUCUGUAAUUCCUGUAUGUAGACUACUAGUAGAGAAGAAAGCGACGGCCUGAAGCGAAGCGGCAGGCGUUGCACUUGCAGGAUCAUCAGACGAUGACGAUCCAUCCAUCCAUCUGAUGUGUGUAUUUUACCUGGAGCAGCCAAAGAAGGCUGCCUGAAUGCAUAAAAAAGGUGAUGGAUUUGCCUACAUAGAUAAUAUAAGCCCCUCUUGUACAGCUUGUUACUCGUGGACUCUGCUUUCGUGUAUGUGCAUAAGCAAAGGUUGCUUGCAAAUUUCAAUCAGAUUGGGGUCAACUGCACUUCGCAGUGGCCGGAGAAAA